CAAUAGGGGGCAGCUUUUUUUAUAGUAGACAAAGUUUAGGGCGUUUCUGUCUAAUAAUAGUAUAUAAUAAGUUCUCUCUAAUAGAUCCCCAGUCAUCACUGGGCUUACAUUCGAUCAGACUGUAGUAUCUGUUGUUUGGGCAUUUCCUCCAGACAACAUACCUUUAAGUUACUACAGAUCACGUUAUUACAAACUGUAAGAAAUAUGAGCACCGACAAGCUCAUGAACGGUGACCUGGCCUUCGGUAGGCCCGUACAUGCCGACCGACGGUCUCGUUUCCGCUCGGCGGGAGUUCAGGCCGCCUGCACCGCCGCUGUGAUCUUCAGCGUGGCGGCUCUUGUGGCAGUCCUGGUGCAGAACUGGUACAUCAAAGAGCUUCAGGAUCGUGUCACCUCACUUGAGACCCUUACUAGAGACAUGUCGUCUGUGAUCAACAGCCGAAUGGCGAAUAUUGGGUCAACUGACGCUGUGUUUGGCCCCGAGGACAUGUCGCAAAAUGAAAAUGGCGCUGAGAUGAAUAACAAAAACCAGCCGCCUCCCUCAGCUGAUACUACCAACCACGGGCAUAGGGCGAGGAGAGGGGCCAACUCUGUGACCCUUCCGUUUGGAGGCUGUGUUCAGGGGCCUCCCGGAAGAGAUGGCCGUGACGGGAUGCCAGGCCGAGACGGUAGGGAUGGACCCGUUGGACCGCCUGGACCUCCAGGACAGAACGGGGCAGAUGGUCGUGACGGCCGGGAUGGUGUUCCUGGUACUCCCGGCCCUGCCGGUCCACCCGGGAACUGCAGCUGUAACAAUACCAACACGGAAGGCUACAAGACUAUAAAUGACUACGGAUCAGUGUGGGAGAGGUUCUGGUGGUGGAAGGCUAAUUCAAGCUGGUCAUCAUCAAUCACAGAUGUACUCCAGGAAUGCUACGGAGCAUGUGACCCCGGCAGUGACUACUGUAUGGGGAGGUUGCCGAGCUGGCUACAGGAGGACAGGACCGAGCUAUUGGCCAAGGACAGCCACGGGAACGUCUACAAGUGGGGGUUCAACUCCACCAACCCAACCGCUCACGCUGCAUGGCUGGCGUUCUACGGUCAUCAGGAGACCCCUAGCGGACAGAUUUUCAACAACAUGGCCUGGAUGCCAUCUGUUCUCGCCGGUACUGGUCCCUUACAAGAUCAGGACAGCUUCAUGUACCGUACAGAGAACGGAGUCAAGUCGCUGCUCUUGGACGAUGACAACUGUGACUGCGACUCAACGUUGAACAUUGGCCAUGGAAUGUGUGGAGGAGGCUAUUACACUGCAUAUGGACCACGUGGCCAGUACGGGGUGGACGCCUUGUAUGACCCAUACUGCAAUAUACCAGUGCCCUCUAUCGGACUGGAGCUGUACUUCAACAGGACCUGAGGCAACCAACAGAACAACAAGGAUGAUCAAAGAGCUUUCUACUGAAAGUGUUUUAACCCCAACAUCAUAACAGUAAAUAAUUAAGUAAUAGCACUACGGUACAUUGUAUUUGAUGAUCACAGCUUGUGUGAAUGUGCUAGAAAUGUUCAUUUAGAUAUUUGCAUGGGUGCAAAAUUAGACAAAACGAGUCAUAACUAUUCAGAAAGAUUAUGUAGUACUAUUUUAACACACAUUUUGUGUAAUGUGCUUACCUAUCAAGUUUGUAUAGACCGCAUUUAGUAUAAUGUUACAGAUAUCCAUACGUAAUCAAGUGUUUUAGUGUAGCCAGAAACGUUCUGCUGUUCUUUAUUGGCUAAGAGGGUCUCAGGCAUAGGUGAACGGUGUUGCACCGACUGGAAAUUAGGAAACUAUCGAGCAAUAAACAACCCUUGUAAAUGGGUGAAAUGUAUCUGCUGCAAAAGCAAAAAUCUGUUUAUGGCACAAAGCGUCACCUAGCAGCCGUUACUAUCAUUGCUAACAGGGAGCCCAAAAUCUAAUCGUUCCAAGGUCUCAUCCAGACUUACUCACAUACAAAAUAUCAAUACAA